AUGAAAGGUGCCGUUGUUAUCACUUUGUUAUUUGCGUACGCUUUGGGAGCUCCUCAUUGGGAACCAAAUGUACCAUGGGCUAAAGAAUUUCAGAAUUUUGAGCCAGAGAAAUACAAAGAAAUAGGAGAGAAUCUUAAAGACGAGUUUGAGAAUAGAUCGCAGAAAUAUGAAGAAAUAGGAGCAAAUUUUAAAGACAAAUUUGAAAAGAAAGCUGAUGAUUAUAAGAAUCAAUUUGGUGAAGUUGGUACAAAUGUAAAAGGAGAUCAUGAUUUUUUGAAAGAAUUUUCGUCAUUUGGAGAUUUGUCGGACCAUAUAUUGAAUCGACCACAUCGUUCAAAGAACAUUUACAAGUACGAGAAAGAACAAUCCAAUAAGGACAAUGAUCACGAUGAUGAUGAUGCUUCAAAAUCGUCAGCUUCUUCAAAAUCGUCAGCUUCUUCAGAAUCGUCAGCAUCUUCAGAAUCAUCAGAUUCGUCGGACUCCUCGAACUCAUCGGGUUCUUUCAGUUCUUCGAACUCUUUCAGUGCUUCGAAACCUUUAGGUUCUCAUAGUGUUUCGAGUUCAUCCAGUUCUUCGAGUUCCUCGGACUCAUCCAGUGCUUCGAAUUCUUCGGGUUCUUCCAGUUCAUCGGGAUCUUCUGAUAAUUCCAAUUCUUCCAGCUUUUCCAGUUCUUCUAGUUCAAGUUUCUCCCAGUCGAAAUCGAAAGACAAAGAUCAGUCUAAGGAAGAUGAAGAUUCGAAAAAUUCGAAAGACAAUGAGUCCGAUGAAAAUUCGAAUAAUUCGAAUGACACUGAAUCUGACGAAGAUCAGGAGAAGAAACAAGAAAGGAACAAGCACAAACAUUAUUAUCAUCAUCAUCAUCAUUAUUCUAAACACGACAAUUCUAAUAUCAAUGGUGAAGUCAAAGUAAAUGGAACAUUGAUUGGAAAUGGGAAUGAUGUGACAACUGGCAAAUUGUCCGACGACGCAACUCUUAAUAAGAUCGAGGAUAAGUCGAAAGACGGUAAAAAUGAUGAAGUAAAGUCAACGAUUGUCAAAGAUUUGAUAGAAAAGAGAUCUAACGUUAGCAAAGAAGUUUUGGAAUGCACACACGCUCGAAGAAUAUUAAUUGUUAGAAUAAUUAAAGAACUUCGUGAACGUAUUCAGCAUAAAUAUGGUAAAAAUUCGUUGACGUAUCUGCCAAAACGUAUACGAGCUGUAUUAAACGUUAUUAAUAAAAUCGUAGCUAAGAAAUCUCAAUCUUAUGGUUCACAUGGAUUCUUAAACGUGGAUUCACAUAUUGGAGGUGGUUCGAAAAUCACAGGCUAUCAUCAAGGAUUACAUUCUUCGUCUAACGCAGAGACGUCUAAUGAUAAUUCUGCUCCAAUUUAUAAGAAUACAAGAUUACCAUGGUUCAAUCCCUCUUUACCUUUUCUUGGACCAGGCCCAGUUAUAAUUCCACCUAAAACGCACGACCAAGACAGUGGAAUCACGAAUCCUUCUGAAACGUCACUAUAUGAUAUCAUCUCUAAAAAGAAUAAAAUUCAUGCUAAAGUACCGUUCGAAGGCGCUCAUCAUUUAAUACCAGUGAAACACACAGAUAAAGUUGUGCAUUAUAAUCGACCACAUUUCCAUAUUGGUAUACCAAACAAUCCUAUUUCUUCUGGCAAUAGUCAUGGUUUUACGAGCCCCAAUUAUUCACCAAAAUAUAUACUACAAUCUAUACUAAAAAAUACGGGCACACAACCACAAGGCAAUGAUUAUAUUCACAAAUGGUAUGGACCGUUAGUAUUUCCUACUGUGCCAUCGUCUGAGAACAAUGGAAACCAUAACAAGCUUAGUACAAAUCAUUAUUCUAAAGGAUUUUCUAAUUUUGAUGAAAUUUUACAUUCUACAAUAAUUGGCAAUCAUGGUACUCACGAUAUACACGACAUAUUUUCUGGAAUUCCAUCAUUUCCGAAUUCUCUAUCUUCUACAACUAGUAGUGGUAAGGUAGAUUUAAAUAACGAAAAAUCAAAUGAAAAUGACUAUUCAAAAGACAAUCAGUCAAAGAACGGACAAUCUGUAGAUAAUCAACAGUCUGUGACACCCCUCGGCAACGAUAAAACAACAUUCUCUACUUCUGGAAAUAAUAAAAAUAGCAAAGAUCUACAAUCUCAGAAUAAAACACAUGAUUCGUUUGAUACAAAUAACGAUAAUCAAUCUGGACAAAAUGGAACAGUAGUUAAUCACGGAAAUGAUGUAGAUUCAGGUGUAUUAUUACCUUCAAAAAAUGAUACAGUAAUAUCGAAUAAUCAAGAUUCUAAUGAUGGAGAUAAUAGAUAUAAACCGGAUUUAGACAAACCUAUUUCGGAAUCAUCUUAUUGGAACGAGAAUACUGUAGAUACUAUAACGACAACGAAAGAUUCAUCGCAAGACAUUAAUGUGUCUAAUCAUGGAUCAAAUAAUUCAGAAGGGUCCGAAACAAACUGGCCAGUUAGCACAGAUAAACCAGAACUACCAUUACAUACAUAUAGACCACAUUUGCCAACUUCAACGAAUAAUCCACAUUUACCAACUUCUACAAGUAAUCCACACCACCCAACUUCUACAGAUAAUCCGCAUUAUCCAACUUCAACAGAUAAUUCACACAAUCCAACUUCAACAGAUAAUUCACACCACCCAACUUCAACAGAUAAUUCACACCACCCAACUUCAACAGAUAAUUCACACCACCCAACUUCAACAGAUAAUUCACACCACGCAAGUUCUACAAAAAAACCGCAUUUUAUUGGAUCAUCAGAAAAACCUAAUGACCUAAUAACAAUAGUCAAACAACAUUUACCUUUUAUAUCAGAUAAACAAGAUCAGUCUAAUACAAACUAUAGUAAUACCAUUUCAGCAUAUGAUCAGAAUGCUGAUUUAAAUGUUGAUUCUAGUUCAAAUUCUGGAUCAAAUAAAAAUACUGAAGAUUCUCAAGUGGACAUUGAUAAGUUACCAUUUACAUCAUAUUUACCAAAAGAAAAUCCAUCAAAACUAGAACCAUCUGAAGAUUCAUCAAAACUUGAACCAUCUGAACAUAUCAAAAAACCUAUUUGUGUACACAUAUUGGGCAGACCAGUAUGUCUCAAUUCUGAUUCAAAUGCACAAAACACCGAAGAGAAUAAAGUGGAUACCUCUGUAACUGGAUCAUCAUCUUCUUCAUCAAUUCAAAAUGAUGAGACUACAAGCCAUAUUAAUAUUAAUACGAAUGUAAAUAACAAUAACAAUGUUGUUACAUUACCACAAUCUUCUGUAUCGAACAAUGAAGCUGGCUCUUCAACAGUUACCCCAUGUUUACAUGGUCAUAUUUCAACUUCUAAUGCAGAUGCAGAUGCAGAUAAUACAAGAAAAUCUGACUCGCAAUCAACUUCAAGACCAACGGAAGCAUUUUCCGACAAAAUAUUUACGUCAGUACUUAUUACUACCCCAAGAACUUAUCGUCCAGGAUGGAAAAAUUUAAUUCCAAUUUCUGCAAUCGAUAAAGAGUCUUCCGUAGACGCAAACGAAUCUGAAUCUUUAUCAAAUGCCGGCUCACGAAAUACGCUUGGAACACUAGAUGUAAAACAGUGA